UAGCACAGCGUUUCAAUCUACGCCAAAGAAUAGUCGCGACGCGCACACGGCGCACACGCGGGAAACCCUUCGCCCCAUACACGUGCCGAUCGCGCGAAUUUCUCUUUCCCAUUCUCGCGAUCGAACUUUUCACAGAAAAUGUUCAAUAGAGAACGAAUUUUACCGCUUUUGGCAGCGGUAGGGCUUGGAGCAGUUGUUGUAGUAGCAGUUGGAUUCUAUGUGGCAUGGAAAGGAAAAGACAAAAAAAAGAAGUCACCGGUUUUGCUAGAAGACCCAACAACCAAGUAUAAAUUGCCUCUGAUUGAGAAAGAAAUAAUUAGUCAUGACACAAGGAGAUUCAGGUUUGGCUUGCCGAGCGCUGAUCAUGUCUUAGGCCUACAAACUGGUCAACAUGUUCUUCUCACUGCAAACUUGAAUGGAGAAGUUGUUAUCCGUGCUUACACACCCGUCUCCAGUGAAGAGGAGCACGGCUUCGUUGAUUUGGUUGUCAAAGUUUAUUUCAAAAAUGUCCAUCCAAAAUUCCCUGAGGGUGGUAAAAUGUCGCAGCAUCUGGAGAGUAUGAAAAUUGGUGAUGAAGUCGAAUUUCGCGGACCAAGUGGUCGUUUGGUGUAUAAAGGUGCUGGUAAAUUUUCGAUAAAGCUGCUCCGCAAAGAUCCACCGAUAGAACACGUCGUGAACAAGGCGAUUAUGAUAGCUGGUGGUACGGGAAUAACGCCAAUGCUGCAGCUCAUCCGCACCAUCACCAAAGACCCGACUGAUCACACAAAAAUGGCUCUCCUCUUCGCAAACCAAACGGAAAAGGAUAUUUUAUUGAGAGAAGAAUUGGAAGAAUUAGCGUCUAAACAUUCGGACCAGUUUAAGCUGUGGUACACGCUGGAUUCCAGCAGCGAUACGUGGAAGUACAGUACGGGACACGUAAAUGGAGAAAUGAUUGCUAAACAUACUUUUCCACCAUCUCCUGAAACUAUCGUUCUUAUGUGUGGUCCUCCGCCAAUGAUUAACUUCGCUUGCACUCCUAAUCUCGACAAACUUGAGUACGAUACGAAGCUCCGAUUCGCGUAUUAAUCUUAUCCGCUGCGUAUGUUUAUUUUUUUAUUCUUUUUCGAAAACUGCAGGUAUCGGGAACAUAUUAGAAUUGUUUCGUUCGAAGUGCUUAAACAUUGAGAUCGCCGGUAUUUAUCGCAACAAAAUUGUUACGAUUUUGUUUCGAAUGAGACGGAUGUUGAAAAUUCAUUUCUUCUUGCAUAUUUUCUUGUGAAUUGUUCGAAUACUGCUCUUUUUUAAGGUGAAAAAAAGAAAAAAGCAAAUACGCAUAUCUUGUCAUUAUGGGACAGCUGGAAUUAUCCCAAAUAAAUGAUUAUCGAAGCGAGGAUAAAGGAUCUCUAUGGACUACUGUUACAAAAUAAAUUAUUAACUCUACAGAGAAUUUCAAUACAAAUUCUAUUCUAACUUUAAAUUCGGUGAAAAUUCAUGAAAUUUAGUUAUUUCGAAAGUUUACAUGAAAAUAGAAUCACAAGGAAAUAAAGGAUAAAAUUGGUGUGAGCCAUGUAAAUGGUUGAGGCAUUUAUUAAUGUAGAAACCUGUGGUAUUGUUAUAAAAAAAGAGAAAAGACA